AUGACAUUAAGCACGGAAGGAGUAGAUUAAGAUAAAAACAAAUUGCUUAAAGUGGUAAUUUAGACAUUGAGCUAUUAAAAGGAAGAUAGAAAUUCAGAAGAUAUACAGAUAUUAAAAGAGUAUUUCAAAAAUUUUAAGAUAUUUAAAGAUAUAGAAAAUUAACUUCCAUAAGUGUAGUAUAAUUUGCUUUUUGGAGAGCUUAAACUUGAAUAUCAUAAAAAGCAUAAGGCUAUAUUCCGUUAUGGUGACGCUUGCUAUAAAUACUAUAUUUUACUUUCUGGUAGUGCUUACUUAUUAAAGCCUACUUCUUAAAUAAAUGAAGAGGAAUAAAUUGGUUAGGAAAAAUUCAAAUCAAUUAGUGAUGAAUAGCAAAAGGACAUUCAAUCUAUUAUAGAAAAUUACCCAAAUAAGGCUUUAGUUGAUAUUAUAACAAGUGAUCACUAAAUUGAAGGAUAAGUACUCAAUCAGAAAGUUGCAAGAAAUUCAGCACUUGUUUGUUGUGAAAAUACUUAUGUAGCUUCAUUAAAUUCAGAUGCCUAUCAUUUUAUUGUUGAAAAGUAUUUUUCAAACUAAUUGCAAGAGAAAAUUGAAUUUUUAAGAAAAUUUCCUUUUCUUUAGAUUUGGAGUAAUGCUCAUCUUUCCAAUUUGCUAUAAACAAUAAAAGUUUGUGAGUAUAUCAAAAAUUAAAUUGUUUACACCAAGAAUGAUCCAAUUUAGUAUAUAUACUUGAUAAAAUCAGGAGAAUUUGAAAUAGUUUAAGAUAUUCAAGCUGACUACGAAGAGCCAGAAUAACCUAUGGAAUGUUAUAAGUAGAGCAUUGAAGAGUUUUAUGAAAGCUUUAAUAUGCUUAACUUGCAAUUUAAGAGGACCAAAAAGAAAGAAAUCCAAAAAAAAUAAAAAAUUGUUUUGCUAAGCUCUGGUUAAAGUUUUGGAUUAAGUGAAGUUGCAUAACAUGAGUAAAAGAGACAAGAAACUGCUAUUUGUACAAGUAUAAAGGCGGAAGUUUAUCUGUUAGAUAAAUAAGUUUAUUUAAAUAGUAUCAAAGAUAAAAAUAAUAAUGAAUUGGCAAAGGAGUAUUGCUUAAAAUAGUAAUGGAGGAAUCAAUACUUAGAAAACUCUAAAAACCUAUUUUAGUAAUUAGAAUAUAGGAAGUAUAGUAUCUAAACAAAUAGAUCUCUUAGAUAAAUAAAAGGGUUACUAGAGCUAGGAAUAGAUGUAAAUCAAGAAAAUGACUAAGUAAAUUAAAAGUCUUCCAAUUAGAUAAAUUCAAAAUAUAUAAGUGCUCUUUAGACUCCAACUAAUUCAGAAACUCAGGUAAAAAUAAAAGGAUUUUCUAGUCAUUGUCAUCAUGAUGAAUCACCAAAGUAGUAUUUCCAUGUAAAAACUGAAUUAAGUCGUGAAGAAAAACUUUCUGAGCAAAACUCUCUUUCUCCUAGAUUUGAGAUUGAUUAUUUGUAAGAAAAUAAUAAAGAUGAGUUCAAGAAUAAUCAAAUGGAGAUUAAGAGCAUGCCAACUAAAAUUAUAAAAAAUAAUAUUUCUUCUCAAAAAUCAAUUAAGCAAUUCGCAAACCUUUUAAACAAAAGCAUAGAAGAAAAAGGAAAGCAGAAUAGUAGUAAGUAAUAAGCAAAUAUCACUUUUAGUAACUUAUCCAAUUAAAAAAGCUAAAAAGCUAUACUCUCUACCAUACUUAAAAGUAUGACUAAUAAAUCCCAAUCCAAUUCAAAAAAAGAUGGAGGAUUUUUUUCUGGAUUAAGAAUUAGUGAAUUCAAUUCUCUAUAGAAAAGCAAGUAAUAGAAUUCAAAAGAAGAGCUGACCUAAAAGUUUGAAAGUGAGUCUAAUCUUUUAAAGAAUAUGGCAACAUCUCCAAAAAACUUUUAUGAAGAAGAACUGAUGAAUAGAUUGACUAUUAAUAUGAAUGAAUAGCAACUUAAAAAAAAAAAUAAAUAAGCUGAAAUGUUAAAACAACAGAUACAAGUAUAAAAUGAGUAGAAAAAGAUAAAAGGUUAAGAAGAUAAAAAUAAAAUAAAAUUACAAAUAAAGGAAUUAAGUAAAACCUAGACAACUUUGACUGGCAGAGAAAAAAAUGGGCAUAAAAAGAUAUCUUAAAGUCCUAAAAAAAUAACUUUCAAAGUAAAGAAGCAGUGUUUAGAAGCAAUUAGAUCGGAUAAACUUGAUUCUGCAAAUUCUCUUGAUUUAAACUAGUUGUUUCAUACUUCAGACUUAAAGGAUAGAUUUUAAUAAAUGGUCUAAAUAGAAAACUAAAUGAGUGAAUAGUAUAGUAAAAUUUAAUCUAAUUAGAAUAUUGAUUAAGAAUAAAAAAGUAAAGAUAAUUUACCUUCGUCUUAGUCACUAAAAUGUUUCGAAAAAGAUUUUAAAGAUGCUUAAUAAUUAGUAAACAAAAGACUAUCCAUAGAUUCACUAUCGUAAAAAUAAUAUUUUGAGAACAUCAAAAAGGCUUUAAAUAUCAAUCGAUAGCAAGUUUUUAAGAAUCAAAUAAUAAAAAGAAUGUCUAUACAACCACCUCCUUCCAUACCGAUUUAUAUGACUUUAACAAGUUCAUCUCGAUAAGCACCUUCAACACCUAAGAGCACAAAUUCUAAGUAAAGAUUAAGCAUAUUUUUUCCAACUCCUAAACAUUCUGAGAGUAACAAUUAAGGUUUAUAUUUUGGUAAUUAAUCAUGCUAAUAUGAAAACUAUUAAUUAUAAGAAUAAAAUCAAACAAAUUAAAUCAAGAAAUCUGAUCAUGAAAAAAGCUUAACUCAGAGAAAAAAUGAAGAUAUUUUCUAGUAUCUGAUUCAUAGAGAAAAUGUAUAUACAAAAAAUGAGAGUCAAAACAAUGAAAGAUAAUUAAAUGAAUAAUAAAUUCUUGAGAUAUAAAAUGCUGGAAAGAAUAGAUAAGAUAAAUAAAUAUAGACAAGUGAGUAAAAACUAAGAACUAAAAUGGAAGAUUUGUGUCAAAUAUCUUAAAUAAAUGAAGUAAGCGAUUAAAUGAGCAAUAAUGAUAAUAUAAAUAUCUCUUUAAAUAAAUUUCCUUCUAAAUAAUAUAUCAAUCUGUAAAUAAAAAGUCCCAAAAAUAGAUUUGUUACUUCAAGCUCUUUGAAUUAAAAACAAUGUGAUAACAAAGGAAAUAAUUCACCAAAUUCAAAUAAAAAUAAAAAGAAACCAUUUAUUAUUGAUUAUAAUUUUGUUGAUAGCUCUGGUUCAUCAAGAUAUAGUAAAGUAUAACCCAAAUUAAAUUUAGAUUUUAGUUCAUAUACAUCAAGACACACCACACAUCUAGAAAACACUAAAAAUUAAUAAAAUAAUAUUUGUAAACCGAAGUACAAAAAAUAAUUGCAUAUAGAUUGUGAAGAUAAAACUCCAAAUUCCCAACAACAAAAAACACCAACUCCUUCUAAAGCUUUAAAUUCUUAAGCUAAUGAAUCAAAUUCUAAUAGCAUAUAUCAAUAAAUUAAAUAAGAAACAGAUUAGAGUAAGACACCAAUAAAUAACACAGUAGUAUAAUUCGAAUAGAGUACUCGUAUUUCUCCAUUUAAUGGAGCUAAAUCUUAAGUGAUAACUGGUGGAUUUAGCAACAAAUCUACUGCUUCAUCAUCUCGCCCUCAUUUAUUCAAAAAAGAUGUAAUUGAAUAAUAGAUAUAAUAAAGCAGACCUACUUCAAAACAAAAUUAAAAAAUAUUUUUAUUUGAGCUCCUCAAUAAAAAUUAAUACUAAAAUGGGGAUCCAAUCAAAACACAAAAUAAUGUCUUACCAUAAGAAAUACCUCUUUAGCCAUAUUAAAAAUAGUUAUAUAAAUUUCAAGAAUCAUACUACAAAUCUCCGAUCAACAAAUCAAUAAUAACAGCAUAUUCUUAACGAAAUUUGGUAUUUAAAACAAUUUAAAAAGAGCAAAACAAGUCCUUAAAAGAUAAUUGUUGCUAAGGUAAUUCAAUAAUAUUAUAAAAAAAUGCUAAAAGUCCAACUGUUAAUUUAUCAUAAAUAGUGUAUACAAAAGUUUGA